AGACUUAAAGUAGACAGCUUCAUAAUGGUAAUUGAACUGAGUGGAGUGCAAUUUGGUCUAAAAUCAUACGCGUGAUUUCAAAAUCGAACGAGCGCGCAGCGCGAGUUCGAUUUGAAAUCACAAGCAUGAUUUCAGACCAAAAUUGCACGACACGAAGUUCAAUUACCACUUUAUUACAUCCAUUUUGAAAUCGCAGAAUUUAGUCAGUACUAACAUCUUAUUGAUCGAGUAGCCGGUGUGUUAAAAAGCCGAAACAAAAAGCUUUUAUAUCUCAUUUUGUAUUCGAAACAGAAAUGAUGCAAUAUAGAACAAAAAUGGUGCGAUUUAAAACGGAAAUGAUGCGAUUUAGAACAUGACUGACGCGAUUUGGAAGACAUGCGAUUUAGAGCAAAAAAUGGUGCGAUUUAGGAAUAAAUCACACUGCUGAGAGCCAAUCAAAUUGCACGGAUAGCCAGUGAUUUCAAGGUGAAUGUAAUAAACGUGUAAAUCCGAACGCGCUACAUCGUUGUGAUUGUGUGCGACGUCUGAAGACGUUUUGUGAUCGCCAGGGGAUUUAAAAUAAGGACAUAUCUAGGUCUUCCACUUUAGAUAACCAGCUGUACGAUAAAUCCGGACGCUCUACACUGUUUAGACGUGCGACACCUGGCCUCAGUUGGUCAAAAUGUGGAUAGUGCUGUCCAGCUGAUGAAUUCUAGCCAGUGGAUCAUGUAAUUGGUUGUCCUAAACUUAUCCCCUGGAUAGUGAUUCAUCCAGUGGAUAGCGUUACCCACCGUUUCAACUAUGGGCCUGAAGGUAUGCGGUAAAAUUAAACUGGCCUUUUGUCCCUCACAGAAGACGAACUGAGAUCCCAGAAGCAAAGCGGAAUGAUGGUAGUCUGUUGAACUCAGAUCAUGAUAAGAAAUACCCCGCAAAAAUGUCCAUUUCGUCUUAAGUUUGGACGUUUGCGUCGGUGUUCUGCAAGAGACCUGGACCCAGUUGUUCGAAGGCCCAUUAGCGCUUAACCCAGGGUUAAAUUUAUCCCGGGUUUCUUUUUCUUUUGUGCAAAAGCAUUUUCUCGGAUAGUUUUCUCUGUUAUUUUUAAGAGCAUUCAAUCAUCAACUUCUUGAUAAAAAGAAUUAAACUGAAUUUACUUCUCAAGCUUUGUUAUCUGAAUUCAAAUUUCGCACUAACCCUAGGUUAUCUUAACUCAGCUUUGAACAACCCGGCCCUACAUUUGAUUAUUAUUUUGGCUUUGCCUUUUUCAAUCUAGAGUUCUGAACGUUAUUCGUCACUGGGUGGAUAAUCAUUGCUAUGAUUUUGAGCGUGAUGCUGAGUUAUUAGACAAACUCAAUUUGUUCCUGGAAGGCGUCAAAGGCAAAGCUAUGAGACGCUGGGUAGAGUCCAUUAACAAAGUGAUCAUUAGAAAGGUAAGUGAUGUAGACAUUGAUUUACAAACUAUUAGAGCGUUUUCACUCACGUGACCAACACCUAUGCAAGUUUAUUCGGACAAAACAAAGCGUUUACAUAAGAAAAAGUACGACUCCCAGAAGAUUUGUUUGGGACACCAACAUGGCCGCCAUUUCAUUGUUUUGGAACACCGGUUGUUUACCAUUUACCAUUCGGUUCAUGGUGUGGGUAAAUGGUUCGCAAAGUUCAGGACUGGUAAAUUUCGUCCCGCAAUCGCCUUUACCAUUUGUUCAAAUCAGUUCCAUUUACCGAAAAACGGCUGGUACUGGUAUCAAAGAUGGCUUUGAAGGAAUGGAACACGAAUUUCCGUUUGGAAUAUUUCAUCCGGAAAAACAGGACAACCCUUUCAGAUGUUCUGUUGCUCCCAAAAAUUUUCCGGGAAAUCCGGUUGGAAAGCACGGAGCACCACUUUUUGUGUCUUCCCAACGGAAAAUUUGUUUAGUAUAUAAUACGUGCGGAUAUUUUGCGAGCUGCGUUGUAUUUUUCCAAGCCCCGCAGGGGGUGAGAAAAAAUACGAGCAAUGGGCGAAAUGUCCGCUCGUAUUAUAUGCUAAACCAUCGAAUAAGAGGUUUAUUAUUCCACUACAAAAAAGAAUUGUUAUUUUGCAAUUGGCUUCCAUUGUUUUUGGUAAGAGUAUUUAGAAACAUCCUGAUUCCGUCUGUGAGAAUUACGUUAACAAUGAGCAAAAUGUGUGAAAGGUUUGAACCCAGGAGUCAUUUCAAAAGUAGGUUGUGUUUGAUCGUCGGGGUGAACGUAGUCCUGAAUAGGACUGUUGUUGUUGACAGUGACUACAGUCCUCAUGGGCACCCAACGAGAAUAUAGUUCAAAACCACUUAAACGUAGCAUUGUUAAACGUAUUUUAGUAUUUAAACGGUAGAUAUAGGCUUAUUUUUAUCCCCUAAAAAUAUUUCACCUGUUCGGAUUUCCUACCUGAAAUUCUAGUGAUCCGAAAAUUAUAGGGAUCAAAACUUACCUUUUCGAAAAUUUCAGCCAGAGAAAAGGCUUCCGAAAAUUGUAGGUGACCUUUUUAGGGUAAAAAUCCUUUAAAAAAGAGCAAUUAUACCAUUUUUUAGAUGUUCGAAAUUCCUAGGAGAGGCAGGCAAGCAAGAAAUUUUACAACAAAAGUUCUGAAAAUUCUAGAUCUCAAAUCGUCUUCCGAACAGAUAUUUUCCGAAAAUUGACGUUGGGUGCCCCUGAGUCUUAUUCAGGACCACGUUCACCCGGACGAUCAAACACAACCUACUUUUGAAAUGAGCAAAAUGUUCGCGCAUAUUAUAUGCCAAACCAUUGAAUGAGAGGUUAAUUAUUUUAAUGCAAAAGAAAAAAGUUAUGUUGUCUUCUAUUUUCUAGUAAGAGUAUCCAAAACAUCCUGAUUCGGUCGGCCAUAGUUGCUCCUUUUUUCUUAAUUUGCAUCCGCCGGUAUUCACCCUGUUGUAAACCGAUUAAACUAGGAUGCUACAGUGUAUUACGGCCUCGUAUUCUGCCCGUUCUCUUGACUUUAUAUGGUAAAAUGACAUAAUAGUGGAAUAAUAAUCCUAAAUAUCUCUGGGAUAAUCGAGUCACAUAUGGAUGUAACUUUUUUACUCUACAUGAUGUUUCAGCCUUUGUUUUUAACCCUUUAAGUCCCAAUGGUGACCAACAUCAAGUUUCUCCUAACAAUAUCCAUAUGUUGCCAAGAGAAAUGGUUAUGAGAGUUAAUACAAUGAUCAUUAAAGAGAAAAUGCUUUGAUCUGUUAUCAAACUCUCUCAACUAAUUCUUUAAAGAAAUGUAUGAAGAUCAGUACGGAGAAUUUAUAUUUGGAUAUCGGGGCUUAACUACUUAAUCAUUCUUAGUAAUAUGUCGUUUGCUUUCCAGACAACUUCCUGCAACGACACUUUAGCUCCAGAAAUUACAUUUGAGAAAGAACCGCCCCCAAUUGAAUGGCACUUGGCAGCGUGUAACGACAUGGACUUUUUCAACAUCUUGACGGUGAGUCGAUUUUUUUCUGUCUAAUUUAGCAGCUUUCAUUUUUCGUCAUCAUCCACGUUUCAACGAUGAAGACUUCUUAACAAUGUUUGUACGACACAAUAAAUGGCAGCUUCACAGAUACGCACUUCUUAGAUGCAGUGUUUGAUUGCCUUCAAGAUCGGUAGUACAAUUUUCCUGUUUAAUGGGGAAAAAAAACUUUGGAAGUAAUAUCCCAUGAGUUUGUAAUUGUAAGUGCGGAAAUUACUUGGAAAAUAUUGCGUCACAUCAGAUGUAUAAUUCUAAAUGCUUGAAAUUCAAACGAAAAGGGGCUUGAGGAAUCACAGUGAAAACGAAUUUUACUCCAAUAUUCCUUUUCCGAAUUUCCCCAAGCCUCGGUUUCAAAGCGAGGCUUAGUGCGAAGCAAUGGGCCAUUUCCGAGUUCCCCAACGCCUCGAUUUCAAAGCGAGGCUAAAUGCGAAAACGAUUUGUUAUUCUCAUGCAAAUAAAACUCAUUUUCACCACGUUUUAAAAGUAAGAGUUUUUAGAACGCGAAAAUGGCGUGUUACAGUGUGAACGAGACCGAACACUCUCACAGGACUAAAUGCAACGUAGUUUUACACUGAAGUUCAGUGUUUUUUCUUUUGUGACCAGCAUAAACCUGUAGACCUAAAUCUGUUGUUCUUAACAUUGUUUUUAGCUGCAUCCAAUUGAGAUUGCUCGGCAGUUAACGCUUAUUGAAUCUGAGCUGUACAGGUAAUAUUCCUAUUUUAACUUAGCAGCGCCACGCCUUUGAAUCGCGUAUUUUACCGAACGCCGACGUGAAACGAAGUAUAGAACAACCUUCCGUUUGUCGUUAUUUCGUGGUGGUGUUCGACACCAAGUCCCGUAUUCUAAAGAGCAAAGAUAUACAUCAAUCCGUUACAUGUUAUAAACAUGAUUAGAAAUGGUCCACCCUGUGAUAAAAUUAUGCCAGUAUAAUGUUUAUUGUAGUCUCCCUCGUAGCUGUUUUGCUCGUCACGUACUACGGCUGCGUGGUGGACUAGGUUAAUUGUUCAACAACAAUGCUCUUAAAAGUGCAAAUCUCGCUUGCUUGGAGAUUACAUAAGAAGUAAGGAGGCGAUUAAUUCUACGCGAAACAGGAUUUCCUCGCUAAAAGUUUUUCACGUCCUACUUUGUCGACGGUCGAGUAUUCUUCAGGAUGUCUAUUUUUUUAUAUCGUAUUCAUUGAUUUGUUUAUGAAUUGAUUGAGUACACGUGUAUAAAUACACGAAAAUCAAGGUCCUCAAUUCGUGAGAAAUUACAUCAUUGCCGAAGAACGAAAACGUGAUGAACAUGAACAACCUUCGCCGAAAAAAACCACAAGCUCAUCACAAGACUCAUUUGCAUACAAUGAAAGUUUAUAAAACCCGACCAGUUAGCCUAACCAUCGACGUUUUGCUGCUAAAGCAAGCGAGACGUAAAGUAAACUGAAUGCAGUAUUAGAUACUGAAAGUAUCCCUUGUGAGGCAUCUUAAUCUUAUGCUGCUAUUUUUGUUGCUUUAUUUCCUAGGGCGGUACGUCCCUCGGAGCUGGUAGGAAGUGUCUGGACGAAAGAAGACAUCAAACAUUUGACGUCGCCGAAUCUUUUAAAGAUGAUUCAUCACACCAAUAAAAUCACUGUGUGGUUUGAGAAGAGCAUGUUGGAGUUUCCAAACUUAGAAGAAAGAGUAGCAGUAUUAAAUAGACUUAUGGAUAUUCUAACUGUGAGUAUGGCAGUUUCCUUGCUAAUGGAGAUAAUUCAAGCUUUUUUUCUCAUGGCCUCAUCUUCCCUUCUCUUUUUGCUGCUUAAGGGCCUUCCAGAUGUUGGGGUCGGGGCCUUGUUCCCUUGUUCCUUUUAAUAAUGACUUAGUUAGUAAGUGUCAUGGCGUAGCAUCGUAAUGACAGUCGCUUCUGAUCAAUGGUGUUACCUCAAAGGGUGUUAAAACACUUGACACAACCUCGUCACCUGCUCUUUUGUAAAGAACAAAUUGACUUCAACUCUCGGUCCACUGGUAACCAAAUCCAAACAACUACUGCGAGUGACGAAAGCAAAAAUGUGAGUCGUUAAGGGUCUGCUAGUAACGUUUAUGGAAAGACUUUUCUUUGAAGCUGAAAAAUCAAUGUUCUCCUAUUCCUAUUCUCCUUUGUUCCCGAAAAGUGAGUGGUCAUGUUGCCUUGCGACCCAAAAUCCCUGGGAGGCCCUCUGUCUGGUGUCGUUGUGUUGUGUUUAUUAGCACUUGGGGACCCUGCAAGUAUAGAGAAGGCAGGUUUCUCGAAGAAAUCUAUUGCUAAGAUGGGUGUUCUUUAAUUUGAAAUAAUUCUCGUUUGGCUACUGCCCCGACACUAGUUCGUUCUAUUAUAAACUAAGCUUAUGUUAUCUCUUCUGAAUCGAGUUAAUACAACUGUUGUCGUACAAAUCGGUUGAAGAUUUGAUCGAUUUGAAUUCUUUUUAAAACUAAAACCAAAGUAUUAACUCUGGCCAAUCACAACAUGGUCUUGCAAACAAAUUAACCAAUCAGAUCUCAAAGCAAAUCCAGUGUAGGCGUCUCCAAGCGUGGGAAAAGUCGCAAUUGGUAUAGGUUAACUUCUGAUUGGUUGAGAAGGUGGCGCGAGAUCUUCUGGCUAAUCACAAACAGUAGAGCAAUCACGGAUUACUUUUAAUACUGGAUUGAAAGCCGGUCUGGACAGUGAAAUUUAAACUUAAUCAUUUUGUUCAGUGAGUUCUGAAACUGUUUUAAUUACUUCCAGGUUUUUCAAGAAUUAAACAAUUUCAAUGGAAUUUUAGAAGUAGUUAGUGCAAUUAAUUCAUCGCCAAUUUUCCGACUGCAGCACACUUUUGCGGUAAGUCUUAAAUCGCUUGUUUUUUGUAUUGUAUUGUAUUGUAUUGUUUUCGUUUUUCGGUUUUUGAAUUUUUGUAGCGAAAUGUUGUUUUACCGUUUUCUUUCACAAGCGAUCGAAAUUAUCCUCGUUGUCUUAAGUUUAUUUUUAUUAUAGUUUAUUGCGCCUUCUUAAGUACAAGGCAUUAUGUCAAUUUAAGCAUACCCGUUUUGCGCGGAUACACUUGCGAUUUUCGUCUUGUUGAUUGGCUCUGUAACUUGCGAAACCAACAAAAAUAUUUCCGGUGGGCUCUCUAAAUUUGCCAGCUACUUCUGUUGCGAACAAGAAUUUGUUUCUCUACGAAAUAUUACAUCUUUGGUACUUUGAACGAAUUUUCCCCUCCUAAAGAUGUGCGAAUAAUGAGGGACAGUUACGAAACGUUUCGGAACCCUUUUUCUUGUCAUAUGUAUCAUAAAAAAGUAAUUUAAUGGAAUAUUUAGUUAAUCUUUUUAUGACGUGAAAAGGUUAAUUCACUUCAGUCUCAGAGUCAGGUUGAUAUGCAAGCAUGGGACCAUCGAAGUUGCCUAGUCCAUGCAAAAAAAAAUUGAAGAGGAAAAAAAUUUAAUUUCAGGGAACAAAACUGAGGAUCGCAAUUCUUACCUUCUCUUUCCGUUUCCGUACAUAUUUUGCAGGAGUUGUCAGUCAGACGGAGCCAAACGCUGGAAGAGGCAAAAGAACUCAGCCAAGAUCAUUACAAGAAGUACAUCGAGAAAUUACGAUCCAUUAAUCCGCCAUGUGUCCCCUUCUUCGGUACGUAAUAACAGAGAAACUGAUUAUAAUUAUACCUCCUAGAUAUUCUGGUGCACUCAAGUGCUAAUGGGAUUGUUGAAAGACAGUUUAUUAGCUACGUGAAGUCAUGAUGGCGUAGUAGUUACUUUACUGACAUCUAUAUUACUGAAUACUUUUUAGCUUAUACUCCCAUGGUAUACGCUUUUGCUCAAGUGUGUAAUUUGCUGUCUCUUCCAGGCAUGUACUUAACAAAUAUUCUCAAGACAGAAGAAGGCAAUCCUGAUUUCCUGCCCAAUUAUCCGAAGGGAAUCAUCAACUUUAGUAAAAGGUGCGAGAAUUUUAUUAUUGUGGUCUGUCCCACGAAAAGUUAUGAACACCAAAGAAUGUGUGUCAAAAGUCAAGCAAAACGAAUUAUCCUUACUUCGCUCGAGGACAAUAGGCUUUGUCCGAAUUAAAAGGAUAUUCCGCAUUAGGACGCACCUUUUGAGGAAGUAAUUUCUUCAAGCUCCCGGCGGAGAAAAGUCAAGGAUUAUAUUUCGAGAAUAGGAAAAUUUAAAAAUGUAAGAAGCUGGAAGAAUUAUUUCAGGUCACUGUUAUCAUAACGAUUUCUUUCAUUAAUACGAACUAUCGCUUUCCAGAAUGAUAUUGGUUUCAAGCUUUACACAUUCAUAAAAAAAGGAGCGAAAGUAGAAAGGAGAUUUGUAAGAGGAGAAUAGAUGCCGCUACUGUACGUUACAUUUUGUAUUUCUUUGGUCAGGGAUAUUUUAUUUUUAUCAGGGAAAAGUCAAGAAAUUUUGAAACCGAUAUCUUUGGCAAAUGGCACAGCAAUUGCUUUGACCAAUUCCGGUAAUCAAAUGAACCAAUCAAAUCUCAUAGUGGAUCCAGUGCAGCUUCCAAGCGCGAGAAAAUGCUUCUCUUUAGAAAAGGGCGGGAGAUUUGCAGCCAAUAGGCUGUUUCGGAGUUCCGAAAACUCUCACUUUCAAAACGAGGCUAAGAGCAAAACCAUUGUUGUGAAAAUGACUUUCAGUUGCGUAGCCUCGCUUUGAAGCAGAGGCUUGGAGCAACUCGGAAAUGGCCCAUUACAAACGCAAAAUCAAGAAACUACGACUAUCGCGAGAUUACUUUGUAACCUGAUCUGAUACUAGUCUUGUUUACGUUAAAGCCUGAAGGGUUGAGUUGUUUUUUUAUGUGUAGCUUUUAAUGACGCAGUAGUUUCAUUAACGUUUCUGCUUUCAUCAACAGGAGAAAGGUAGCUGAAAUUACUGGAGAAAUUCAGCAGUAUCAAAAUCAGCCCUACUGUCUUCAGAAAGAGGAAUUUAUCGCGGUAAGAGUUGAGGUGCAAUUUAAAUUGAAAUGUAGUUGCUUGCCUCUUACGAGAAAAAUCUGAGUUAUGUUAACGUCCUUUCAGCAACUUCAGAGCAAACAAGUGAGCAGUAAUUUCCUGUGGUACUUGUUUUUUAAUGCUAUACAGGAUGGCUGUGACUUUUGAGUCUGUAGAUGUUAAUGUAGGCUUGGGGCUAUGUCUGUGAUAGAUUUUGCGUGGUAAUAAAGCGAUUUUCGCAUGACCUUGAAAUGAAAACACGCGAACAAAACAGAAACAACAAAAGAACGGAAAUAGAGCUAUUUGAUUGGUUUAUCGAACGGACACAAACGUGCGUGGCGUUUGGUUGGUUAAACGAACGCUCGGAUGAAAAAACCUCAUGCCUUUUCGAACUUUCUAGAAAUCAUCCGUUUCGUCGCCUUCACGUCAUGCUGCAACAGUGCCUUCUCCAUAUUAGGGUUUUUUUUUUCUUCAGCGGGAAAACGAAGAGGCCAUGUUUUGAUCUUUUCAUCCAUUGGCUGUUAAAACAAAUAACGAACACUUACCGAAACCAUUUUUCAAGGUCAUACGAAAAUCGCUCUAUAUGUAAAGGUAAAUGUAAUCCUCAAGUGUGACCAUUCAAAUAAAGCCCAUUUCCUGUAGUACUGUUUUUUACGUUGUACAAGGUGGUUCUAACUUUAAGGCUCAUCUCCGGUGUAAGAUAGUUUAGUACUCACAGCUGACGUAAAACAAAGAAAACAAAACGUCGUUAACAAUGAACCUAACCCUGACAAUAGUCCAUAAAACAAGGAAAACGAAUAAAUUAUAUGACACCGGAGAUGACCCAACCUUUAAGUCUGUCGAUAAAAUUGUAAAAUUAACGUCUGAAAUUUAAUUAUAUCUUACUCCAAAAUGACGGCAUUAUUACUUUUCUUUAAUAUUUGUGUUAAUCAGCCCUCUUUUUUUGAUUGCAUCUGCAGAACUUAUAGAACGUUUACCUUGAAACGAGACAUUGAAGGUCCUUUGUCUUCUGCAGAGGUCUUUUUGUGUCGUAGGGAGACUGGGGAGAGGGAAAAAGAAAGCGCGCGACGGUCGCGCGGCGAUUGCUAUUUUUCGAUUUUUUUUUUUUUAUGAGGUACUCAGCGGAAGCCUUUGCGGAGGAGAAAGUUGAGGGUCGAUUAUCACGUAGACUGCCGACAAAAGAGCAACUAAUUUUAGCAUUAGUUUGCAAUAAGGUGGACUGCAAGCCGUUGUUUUUUUUUUUCAGCUUUAACUCAUUCACUCUGUAGUGUUCAUACUUGUGAGUGUUUUCUUUCGUAGGAGUAUCUAGAGACGCUUGAUCCAUUUGAAGGAAGAACGGACACUGAAAUGGAAGACUAUUUGUACCAACUUUCACUAGAUAUUGAGCCUCGAAACUGUGAAAAGUUGGUAAAGCAUGUAAGUCGAGAACCAUUGAACGAACUCAUACAAACCUGGCGUGCGUCUCUCAAAACUCCCAAUAAUAUUUUGGUCCCGAGAACUAUUUGUGCACAAAGUUCAUUUGCACGAAUGUGAUUUUUGGAAAAUUUUGUAAGCUAUACAAAUCAAGAAGUAUGUUGGUCUACUUUGCACAAAAGCUCUAUAGGAUCGUUAAAAAAUGGAUGAUAGAAAACACUUUCCGAGCCGCUAAACUCCUCAGGUGUUUGAGAAAUACACGCCUGGCACGUUAAAGCUAACAGUCAUGUCACGCAGUGUCGUCAGGUGACCACGCAAAGAACACUUGCGUAGGAGACUAGAAACUAGCGCGUUAAACGUUGGAUAAUGGGCCAGUUUUGAAGGUCUGUAGAUUAACAUGAGCAGUGCUUGUUCCUAAUUAAGGAUGGAUGAGGGUGACAAGGUCAUUUGUAAUUCUGGAAACGUUCUAUGUCACUUUGUAGGCUCUAAUAUGCCUACGCAGUAUGCCGCUGAAUGACAGCAGGCUCGUCGAAUUGUUUCUAAAUCGUUUUGUAUACCAGUCUAGUGUUGAAAGCCCAACGUCAUGCCUUUAGUGUCCGGCCAUGCUUGCAUAUUUCUACUGAACAGGGUGAUCGAAAUUUUGCUUUUGAUGAAAAGCACUUGCACCCCACUACUGACAGCAUUUUGAUGGUACGUUAUUUUCACUGGUAUUUGUUUUUUCACAGCCUCGAAAAACAGAAUAUUCACUCAGGUCUCCUGGAACCAAGCCCUCAUACCUUCAGUCUCGGCUCUCCAUCACCUCACAAACAACAUUAAGAAGAAGUCCAUCACAAGCAUCGUCCAUCUACCUACCCGAUAGCGACAUGUUCCCGUCAACUGUUUCGUUAUCGCCGAGCACUCCACGAACUCCUCAAUCGAUGUCGUCCUUCCUCCCUUCGGAGACUGUCCCAGAAACAAUUCCCGAGACUCCAAUGUUGGAGGAUACGGAACCAGAUUACGUCAACAUCGAGCACUUUCCGGAAAAAGAGCCGCCUCCUCCGAAUUUACCCCCAAGAAAGCCUCGAUCAGCUUCGGCAAACGGUCCAGUGAGACCAACUGAAAACGUCUCUUCUGUUCGACGGCAAAUGUCGCUUAGUAGUGUUCCCCGAAUACCGCCGAGGGCAACGACAUUAGAAAGGUUCCCUCACCUUGCGGAUGACAACGAGGCUGCACCCCCAAUUCCCCCAAGGGAGCCAAGUAGGGGAACCCGACGAUCCCCUCCUCCCAUCCCCCCUAGAAUGCCCCCUGGGAAUGAGCCAAUGACAAGACAUACGGAAAUGUCCAACCAAGAAGACUCUGUUCCGCCGGCUUUGCCGCCAAAAUCAAGACGUUCGUGAAAAUUGGGAGAUGUUGUGACAUGUAGUACGUGACAUGUCCUGUAUGAUUUGAUUUCUCUUCUCUGGAGUGACACUUAGGGAGCAGUUUGUUUCAAAUUGAUUACGUUAGUGGGCAAUAAUAUAGUUAAUCCCAAGGAUUUAGUGCCAAUGUCCCUACAGGAGUUGAAUUAUGUGUAUCAUUAAAUGAGGAUGUUUUUUUUCUUAAGGACAGCGAGACGUCGUGACAUUUUUGCAGAAGGCAAAUGUUAAUCUCAGUGAAAUGGAACAAUUUUCAAUUAUUACAGUUAGGAGUGUCAAUCUUAAUUGGUGCUCCAACCUAUGGGGUUCUGGAACAGAUGCAUUUAAAAAACAGAAAAUAAUAAGACGUUCCUGGUGAACGUCAAGUGGGUGGGGAGGGUGAAUGUACUUCUAUACCCAAAGGGACCCCUCGAAAAUAUAACAGGACCCCCGUGAGAAUUUUUGGACACAUUUUGCUCUAUUAUAGAGGGCGAUGGGAAUUUAAACUGAAAUCCUUAGACAUUGAAUGCUGUGUUUUUAACUUUUGUUAUAGAAUUCGUCAAUUCUUUGUCAAAUUUAUUUUGAAAGCAAACUCUGCAUACCUGUGCUUGUAGUUUAUGAACUGGAAAAAAAAAACGUAAAACUUAACAAUAGAAUUAUUUACUGACCGGAAUAGAAAUAAAAAAUACCUUGCGCA